GAGGGCCUCAUGUGAUGCAGUGAUUUCCUGCGUGUUUCCUGGCCCCGGGUGGUGCUUCAUGUCCUUGCCUGCCAUCUCUGGGGCUGUCUUGCUUUCACCCUGGCUGGCAAUACAUUGCUCGUCUCUGGAGGGAGCACCAUGCUGCGGCGGAAGCCAUCCAAUGUUAGCGAGAAAGAUCCACCACAAAAGAGGAAGUUGUCACUGCAGCGCUCCAGCAGCUUCAAGGAUUUUGCUAAGUCCAAACCCAGUUCUCCUCUGACCACCGAAAAGCAAUUCAGUCUGGAAGAGGAGGUCCCUGAAAGCAACCAGGCAAACCUGACGCCCAGCAAUGACGACACAGGUCGAAGCAGUAGCUCAAAGCUGGGCAAAAGAUGGAGAGCUGCCAUCUCUCGUACUAUGAACAGGAAGAUGGGCAAGGCAGCAGCCAGAGCGCUGGCAGAGCAGGGAGGCUCUGAAAAUGAGGCUGUUGCAUCCUCACCUGUCAACAGCCCUACGGAAGAUGAAGACCUUGUUUUUCCAGAAACAGACACUGGCAGCCCUCAGUCCUCAACUGGGAGUGACAUAUCCAGUCCCAGACUGAUGGAGAGUAACCACAACAAGAAAGGAGAUGAGCCCAGCUGUCCACCAUACAGCGGUCCCUUCUGUGGAAGAGCCAGAGUUCAUACAGACUUUGUUCCCAGCCCAUAUGACAAAGACUCACUGAAACUCCAGAAAGGGGACAUAAUCCACAUCAUUGCAAAGCCCCCUGUGGGCACCUGGACUGGUCUUUUGAACAACAAAGUGGGCUCCUUUAAGUUCAUCUAUGUGGAUGUCAUCCCAGAAGAACAGGCACCGGCUGCAAAGAGCUGUUCACGCAGCAGGAGCAAGAGACCCAAACCCAAGACUCUACAUGAACUACUGGAGCGCAUCAAUCUUGAGGAACAUGCCUCCACAUUGCUACUGAAUGGCUAUCAGACUCUGGAGGACUUCAAGGAGCUGCAGGAGACGCACCUGAAUGAACUGAAUAUCACUGACCCACAGCACCGUGCCAAGCUGCUUACAGCAGCAGACCUACUGCUGGAUUACGACACAAGCAGUGAGGCUGAAGAUGAUGGAGGAUGCAUGGAGGCUCAACAGGCCCCUGAAGAAUCAAAAGGUGACAUUCCACGGGAUUCUGGCUGUUUUGAAGGAACAGAGACAUUGGACAGUGGGCGGGAAGACUCUAAAUUGGAGGAAAGGCUACACACUCUUUCUCUGGCUGACUCCUGCUGA